AUGGAGGGAUUCAACCAUUCCAGAGUAUCUGAAUUUGUGUUACUUGGACUUACUGAUUCCUUUGAGCUCCAGAUAUUCUUCUUUGUUAUAUUUUCCAUUUUCUAUUUAAUGACCAUGUUUGGCAACUGCUUGAUUUUGCUCACUGUCUUGUCGACCUCACACCUCCACUCCCCCAUGUUCUUCUUGAUCAGCAACCUGUCUCUGAUUGAUAUGUGCCUGUCAUCCUUUGCCACACCAAAGAUGAUCAUGGACCUUUUUGCUCAGCACAAGACCAUCUCCUUUGAGGGAUGCAUUUCUCAGAUCUUCUUUUUGCACCUCUUCACUGGGACUGAGAUUGUACUGCUGAUUUCCAUGUCUUUUGACAGAUAUACUGCCAUAUGUAAACCUCUCCAUUACUCACAAAUUAUGAGCCAAAACAUGUGCAUUGGGCUCGUGGUAACUUCUUGGAUAGUGGGUUUCUUGCAUACAGUAAGCCAGUUAGCAUUUACCCUCUAUUUGCCCUUCUGUGGUCCUAAUGUUAUAGAUAGUUUCUUCUGUGACCUUCCUUUGGUUAUUCAAUUGGCUUGUAUAGAUAUGUACAUUCUUGGGGUCUUCAUGGUAUCCACAAGUGGUGUGAUCGCUCUUAUAAGCUUUCUGCUUUUGCUCACUUCUUACAUCACUGUUCUUAUCACCAUCAGGGGUCAUGCCUCCACAGGCUCUUCCAAAAUUCUUUCUACCUGUACUGCACACUUUAUAGUUGUGCUAAUGUUCUUUGGGCCUUGCAUAGUCAUUUAUGUGUGGCCUUUCACAAACUUCCUAGUGGACAAAAUUCUUUCUGUUUUCUAUACCAUCUUUACCCCUUUUCUGAAUCCACUUAUUUAUACUUUGAGAAAUCUAGAAGUAAGGACAGCAGUGAAGAACAAACUACAUAACCGAUUUGUAAAAUAA